CGGACGGACCUAGUGAGUUGAAGCAACCGCAUAUCGUGAAUUCAGUCUCCCGUAAAAAGGGUUUCCGCCGGAUCCGACGGGGCGACAACGACUACCAAAAAUGGAAGACAACAAGCCCACGAUUACCGACCACAACAAACACCAGCAACUCCUAACCCUGAAACAACAACAACAGCAACAACAACAACAACUUUUAGAUCACCAGCCGCACCAUCUCCAACAACGAAUGCUUCUGCUACAGCAAAUGCAGCAGCAGCAGAAACUGCAGCAAGCAAUCUCUCGCUUUCCAUCUAACAUCGACGCACAUCUUCGACCGUUACAGCGUCCCGUUAGCAAUCAACAGCCGCAAAACCCUAACCCUAACCCUAAUUUGUUGCAAAGUAAUAAUCCUAUGGUUUUGAAUUCGCAAGUUAGACCUCCGAAUCGAACGCAGGCUGUUGGUGCUGGUGCUCCUACUGCGAAUCAGGUGGAAAUGCAGAUGGCGUAUCAGGAUGCGUGGCGUGUUUGUCAUCCUGAUUUUAAACGCCCCUUUUCAUCACUAGAAGAUGCUUGUGAGAGGCUGCUACCGUACCAUGUAGUUGCAGACUACGAAGCCGAGGAAGAUGAUAGAAUCCUCGAUUCCGACACCACAGGCCAAGUUCUAUCGCGCACUCAACAAUGGGACCAAAGCAUUGCCAACAAAGUCGCGGAAUUCACCGCUACAUUUGAGAAGCAGGUACUCGCCUUCAACAUCAUUUCCAGAAAACGGGCCAUCGGGGAGUUCCGCUCAGAAGAAAGAUUACUACUCGAACAAGCCCUCGUUCAAGAAGAAAGACGGUCAUUACUCGAGGCAAGGGCAGAAAUGGAAAAACAACAAAAGGCGGGCCGAGAAGCUAAUAUGAGGAUGGCAGCCAUGGCUCAAGCGGAACAAGCUCGGGCGGAGAUGAUGGCUAGGGGACCAAUACGGGCAAGUGCGAUGGGGUCAAUGGGCGAGCAAGAACCGGAAGUGAAUCCUGACGAUACGAUGGACGGAUGGAAUAAUAAUGGUAAUAAUAAUCAGAGAGACGAGAAAGAGCCGUCGGAGGAUUUCUUGAAUGAUGAGGAAAGGGAGAAUGGUGAUGCAGGUAUUCAAAGCGAUUGGCGUGAAGGGGGUGAGUUUGAUUUGAAUACAAGAUAAAAGACUUGUAGGAUUAUGUUUGUAUGUUUAAAAAGUUGAAAUAUAUCUUGAAGUAGUUUAACUUGGCCUUUUGUCAUUAGAAGGGUAAGCUUUAGUGAUGAUUUUAUAUUGAAAUUCUUAAAAUGUUAUGCCAUGCCUUUUUCAUGUUA